UUUAUGACAAUGCUGAAGGGGCGUGGCUCUGGAGUGGGGGGAAGGAAAUUGGCACUUGCAGCUGUAGCACUGCAGGACCACAUCAUACGGAGUGAUCCUAAACUACAGAGCCUGUGUCUGCCAGACUACGCAUGCUGUGGACCCCACAGAGCCCAGCAACCCACGGUCAGGCACACACACACUGAACACAGACCAGGAGACGAGAGAGAGUAUGUCCUGGACCCAGCACCUCCACCACUAACACUGGCCCAGAGGCUGGGUUUAGUGGCAGCUCCUAGAAGACUGACAGCUGUGGAAUGGACAGGCAUCAAGUCCAGGUCUCUCCAGGAAGGAGACUCUGUCCAUCCUUGUGUCAUUUGCAGAGAGGAAUUCCGCCUUCAGCCACAAGUUCUGCUUUCCUGUUCUCAUGUAUUUCACAAAACAUGUCUGGAGGCCUUUGAGUGCUUUUCGGGAAGAAAGUGCUGUCCCAUGUGCAGGAGAGAGCAGUAUGAGACCCGAUUGAUCCACGAUGGUGCCAGGCUCUAUAGGGAGAAGUGCACUGUCAGAAUCCAGGCCUGCUGGCGCGGCUACGCUGCUCGCAAAUGGUACAGAAAUGUCCGGAAGCGGCUUCCUCCAAAUGACCCGUGCUUAAGACGACAGUUCUUUGAGGCGAAGUUUCAGGAGCUGAAUGACAAUUUGGUGCAGUCCUGCGCUCCCAGUGAUGUGGAGGAGUUCCUCCGUGACAUCGAUCGCAGCAUUGCUUCCAGUCGAGACAUCUUCCGGCACUUCGACAGGAGCCGUUCGAGCAUCUCUGAAAUGGAUGAAGAACACUGGCUGCAGGCUCAGUACAAGGCUAUCCAGCGAGAUGUCCGGGACUGCCCCAUUUGCCUGACCCCACUGAGCGCCACUGGUGUCAGGUGUACACAAGCCAGACCCCUCCUGCUUCUCUCCUGCUCUCAUCUCUUCCACACAACCUGCCUUCAAGCUUUUGAGCGCUUCUGCCUAGACAGUGAGCCCACGUGCCCCCUCUGCCGCUGUUCCUAUACUACCAGGCCUGUAUAGGACUCCACCAUUAGCCAUGAACAACCAGCAAUGUAUGACCUUUACCUGUAGCCAUCUGUAGAGAAUAAAACUACAUAAUCAGAUUCCUGCUGCAUGCACAAUAAAGCACAACCAUCAGAACACCAAAUA